AUGGGUGGGAGGACCGAGCCGGCGGUCCUCGGCGGGCCGUCCCUCUCCAUCGCAUCCCAUCCCAUCCCUCGGCGGUCCCCGCCCUUACCUCUGGGCGCGAGGGUGCCGGCUGCGAACGGUGCUGGGGAGCGGCGAGCCGUCUCCCGGCUGGGCUCAGCGGCGGCCAGCGGCAGCGGGGUCGCCCGCCGGGCGGCUGCUCAUGGCUCGUCGCACCCCGAAGCACUGCGGCCGCGGCCACGGCGGCGCCUUCCUCCUACCCUCCUCCCCUCCGCCUCCCCGGCCGCGGACGGAGCCGCCUCCAGCGCCGCCCCGCGAGCAGCCGGGCCAGCGGCAGCCAGCGCCGCCCAGCGCCCGGCCCCGGGGUCGCCGCGCCGCCCGCCGGUCGGCUCCGCGGUGCCAGCCCGCUGUGACGCAGGCCGCCGGGCCCGGGAACUUCCUCCCCGCGGAGACCACCCCGCGCCCGGGCCGGCCGCCGAGGACAGCCGCCGGCCGCCGAGGACUUCCUUCAGGGCGCCCAAGGAGAUCUCCCGCCGCUUGCCGGUGGAGCCACUCCGGCCUCUGGAAUGCCCACCUGGCGGCCAGUGCCUGAGGAAUGGACCGGGGCCACUACCUUCCCCAUCCCUAACCCGAGGCUUCCCUGCGCUGGGCGGCCGCGCCACAGUCGCAGCUCCACCCCGGGGUGGAGUCUUUACCUCUAGUGCCACCUGGGAAGCCUGGAAUGAUGUAGAUCUGGGCUCAAAUCCUGAAUCUGCCAUUCACCAGCUAUGUGAUCUGACAUUAGCCCUGACAAAGCACCUGAUUUCAGGCCUGAAGAAUUGCUUCUUUCCUCUGAGUAAGAUGCUGCUCUUCUCUGUCUCUCUGAGGCAUGAAUAUCCAUGGCUCAAGACACCUUAUCGGGGUAGUGAAAUUGCAGAUGCUCUUGUUACAUAAACAUGACUCUCUCUUUGGAAAAGUAUCAUGGACGGUGCUUUGUUCACUCAGAAAAUGCUACAGCCAUGCCUGGAUGUUGCCUUCUUAAAGCUGCCACUUAUACUGACACAAGGUACAUUUUCUUGAAACUUUUUGGAGUUCACUUAUUAAUUUCCUAAAUUUACUGACAUUGUUUACCUCUCUGGAGAAAGAAACAAGAAAGCCUGGUUUGCCUUCUCAGUAACAGUGGUAAGAUCUUUGGUGAUCACGUUUAUUGCUAGUAAUAUUUAUCCUCCCUAGAUUUCAGGAAGUAAUGGAUAUAGUCACCAACAUAUAAUCAAAGAUGCAGGAAGGCAUCCUUUGCUGUUAUCUAUGGGAAAUAUGUCUAGAGCGGGGCGGACCAGUCAGGCAAUUUCUUCCCAAAGCACCUGUGUCUUCUGCCAUCCAUUGCCAGUGAGAUAAAGCCUUUCCUGUACUGAGGCAUUUCCAAGUAGCAUUUUGUAGAAUUACCCUUUGAGUACCCUGAGAAAUAGGGGUCCUUGGGGCCACUGGGAGAACACUCUAUUGGGGAGCCAUUGGGGAACACUCUAUUCCUCUUGGGGAUUCACAGUGAAUACUGACAUGCUAAGGGCUCUGAGAAGUCCUGCUCUAAAAAUACUUGUUGCUUUGCUGAACUUCAGUUCAGUUCAGUUGCUCAGUCGUAUCUGACUCUUUGUGACCUCAUGAACCGCGGCACUCCAGGCCUCCCUGUCCAUCACCAACUCCCGGAGUCCACCCAAACCCAUGUCCAUUGAG